UUUGUUCCGGCACUAAGUUUGCACAUAUUUUAUUGGUUUCCGUGCUGUUCAGCUUAAGUUUUAAUUGGAAUUUAGUGAUAUUUACGUUCUAAUCUGCACCGCAAACGAGUGCAGUUUGUUGCGACUGGAAUUGCCCAUCCGAAUCUGCGUGAUUUUUCGGACGGGGCACUUAACCGUUCGAGGAUUCCGCGUCGAUCGGAUGACGAGUGAAGAAGAAUCUAACGCGAAGCACAUUUUUGCGAGUUCUCGUCCACUGCGAAUUGGACGUGUUUAAAAGAGUACAGAUAUGUUUACAACGCGAAAAGAAGUGGACGCACACGUCCACAAAAUGUUGGGAAAACUUCAGCCGGGACGAGAGCGCGAUAUCAAAGGCUUGGCUGUAGCUCGAAUGUACAUGAAAGUGCAGGAAUACCCAAAAGCCAUCGAGUAUUUGAACGGCUAUCUCCGGGUGAGGGACGACGCAGUAGGCCAUAACAUGAUUGGCACUUGCUACAGUAGGCUGAACCCGCCCAAUGUGACAGAGGCACUGCAGCACUACCAACGUUCCAUUCAAAUGGAUCCGCGUCAGUCAGAGGUUGUCAUUGACGCCUGCGAACUUCUGUUGAAGGAGAACAACGCAUCAAACACGGAGUGCGCCAGGUACUGGUUGGAUCAGGCAAAUAGCCUUGAUUUAAGCGGCAACAAGCAAGUCUUCAAUCUGCGAAUGCGUGUAAAUCUCGCGGACAGUAACGGCAAGGAUGAGAGCAGUCGCGAAGACGGCGAGCACAAUACCCUCGAGAUUCUUAUGUACAAGGAACUGCAGGCACGUCCCCAGGAUGUUAAUAUACGCAUACAACUGCUGCGCAGCUAUGUUGAAAAAAUGAAAAUAGACCAGGCCUUCAACUAUGCUCUCAAAACGGAACUGGAGUCCAAAAACUGCACGAGCCAGUCGACCGAAUGGUACGAGCAGAUCUGGAUGGUCCUUUUCAAGAUAGAAGUGGCCAAGGAUGUGAAGAAGAACUGGCGAUUUUGGCACUUCGCCUUGCACACUCUCGAUCGUCUUGUGCAGCUUAGCCUGGAGGGCAGUGGACUGGCAGACAGCAGCAAGCAGUUGUUUAGACUUGAUCAAUAUCUAUUCAAGUUUAGCACUUCGAUAGAGAGGUCAGGCGACGAUCCGCAGCGGGAUCUCCACCAGGCCUGUGUUGACCACUUUACCGGCCAGCUUCUGCUUCACGCGGUGACACUGAUUUUCAAACGUGAGGUGCUGGCAAAUAAAAACAAAUGGAUGAGCACGCUUCGCUCCGCUUUGCCACUUAUGCUGCUUGGUUACCAGGUGCGACCGAUCGAAGAUUUGAGUACCAAGCAAUGGAUAAAGCACUGCGACGCGGAACAGAAGCAGUUGAUACAGAUGUGGCGCCCGCAGGGCGCUUUUCGAUGUGCCCAGCUUGGACGAACCAUUUUGGGCUGCUUGGACCGGUCACAAAUGGAAAUUAAAAACGAUAGGGAAAAUGCCGACUUUGAUGAGAAUAAAAAUUCGGGAAACUCUAUGCCUGGAUUAUUUAGCGACUCUGAAGAGCUGUUGUCCAGCGCUCAUCAGCAAUGCUUGGACAAGAGCUGGCGGAGUCAACUUUACCAACAGCUCUUUACCCACACCGAACACAAACUAAAGGAUACGUCUUCGCAUUUGGUGCGGAACCAGCGUCUGCAGCUGCCUCUUUUUGAGUGGCCCAAUCUGGCGCACAUCGAGGACUACGAACUGCAAGCGUUGGUGCUGCCGCCACACUGCUUAGCCCAACAUGUCUACCUGGCGCUGGGCACCGACCCGAACAAACUUGGAGAUGCGCAACGCGUGGUCUUUUAUGAGGGUUUCCAACGGGAUGUUAAGCAGAAUCUAAACUACUGUGGGCAAGAUUCAAUCAGCCAGGUAGAUGUAGACCUCUACCUCUAUGCCACAACCAUUCAGACCAGACGGAAAUUGCAAAUCCAGCGUGAAGUGUAUGACUCCUCCAAUUUGGGAAACCGCAAUGCUGCCGCCCGGCCGCAUAUGAUGCCAUUUGCCAAUCUGGUGGGUCAACUAAGCGCACCGGAGCAAAGUAACUGGUGGGAUCUGGUGGUGCGACUUAACUCAAACCAGCUUAUCACUGAAGGUAAUCGCGCCGAGCAACGAGCUCAACUACAACAUGGAUUGGAAGCGGUGCGCGGCGUGAAUGGCCCCAAAGCAGAUGCCAUCAUCAUUUUUCAGUUGGGAAAGAUUUUGAAUUCCCGAUCGGAUCGUUCUUCUCUAGAAACACGUAUCGAUACCCUGUUUAGGCAAGGAUUUUCAAUUUUACGCCACCAGCACACUCAGCAGAUGGAAUCCUAUGUCCGCGUCUUUAAGUACGGAUCCGCUGGCUCAACGGCAGCAUGGCAAGAUCUUCAGUCGUUGGCUGAGGAAGCCGUCACCUAUUUUAGCGAGAAAAUGUUUAGGAUAGGAGAGUAUGAGCAGUUUUUGGACGAGGUCCGGGGACUUCAUCUGCCCAUGGCCUACUUUUUGCAAUCGGAGGCGUGUCAUCAUCUUGAGGAAUCUUCCAAGCUGCCUCGAACUGCCCGAGAUCGUUACUCUGAGCGGAGACGUGAAUUUCUGCAAAAAACGCAAAAGUUAAUCAAAAAUGAUGAUAAGCACCCACUCAUAGCGGCCAUGCAUAGACAUCAACAGGACCGCAAUAGUCGGGGUAUCGAUAAUAGCUUCGGUAGUCCGGAUGUGCAUAACAAUUCAUCCGCCUACGAGGAUGCGGAAGAUGACUUCUAUUCCCAUGCAGCCUUCCCUGCCAAUCGAUCACGUCGUCAUAUAGAAGUCACCCCAGUCACUCCCAUUGUUGUUGCACAACCGAAUCAGGAGAUGGAGCAGGCUGUGAAGCAGAUCAACAAGUCACUGUGUGUGCUCAAGGACGAUGUGAGUGUGGGAAUGGAAGCCAUGCGACAGGAUAUUAAAGUUCUUACUGAGAAGUUAACUGGGCUGGAGGAUUUGCUUAAGAAGAUCAAGAUCAGCAGUCGAGACACGCCUACACGGGACGUUGAUCCCGCGGCUGCCUUAGGUCUGGACGACCUCUUCAUAAUUGAGGAUGCACUAGCUGAGCAUCAGCAGCAACAAAAUCAGCAGCAGCAGAGCCACAACCAAGGUGCAGUCCACCCAGUCGUUCCAAAUCCAUAUGCUUGUGGCUUCUACAACGGGGUGCCAAACACGCCAUCCGCCCAAGAGCGCUUUCUGCAGGGACCAUACGGAAGUCCCAUGUUUAACCAAAACCAGAUGUACAAUUACUACGCUGCUCAAGCUCAGGCUCAAGCCCAAGCGCAGUUCUUGCGGACUCCUCCAGCUCCAGGAUCAAUUCCACCCCCCAAUAUGUUUGGUCCUCGAAAUCCAAACUUUGGCUUGCCCAGUAUGUUUCCCCCGCCGACCGUGCCUUCGGUAGCACCUUACAUUGACGCCAUGGGCAACUUUACCCAGCCUCCGCCAAGUCUGAUACCUCCUCCCGCUCAACCAGCAGCGCCUCCAGCUCCCUUGAAUAUUCUUGAGUCCAAGCCUGUGGUUGCACUGCCAACUCCAGGAUUCUUCAAUACGACAACGCCGGUCUUUGGAGCUUCGCCCAUUCAAGUUCCGCAGUCGAAACCAUUAACUGUUCCAACGGUGCCAGUACCUAGUACUGCUCCUGCUCCACCAAGUGCUGCAACUGUGAAUCCAGCGGCAACAACUGCUGCUCCGCCUCCUGUUCAUAUACCUCAAGUGGCUCCUUCUGUUCCUGCGCAGCCACCUGCACCCGCCCCUGUUAGUGUGCCGUCUUUGUUCAACCGUGCGUUGAACAAUCAGCCCGUGGAAAAGGAGCCGCCAGCCAAUGUGGUCAUAACCAGUUCAGAUCCGUUGCCGAAACCCACGACUGCCAGUGUCCAGCCCACUUUAAGUGUGACCAUCCCAGCACAGCAUAUCAAGCCAAGUUUGGUUCAGGCACCGGAACAGCCGGCACAACCGGCACAGCCAUCGGUGUCAGCAGUAGGAUCGUUCAGCUUUAACUUUGGCAGUAAGUCCUCUGAAAGUCCUUUUUCGUUCAAGACACAGGUUGCUAAGGCAGCAGCCGAAAAACAAAAGGAACAGGAGGAAGCUGAGCAAAACCAAAGUGAUCAAACUGAUCUCAACAAAACUCUGCCACAAGAUACUUCAGCAGAUGAUUACGAUCCUCGUCCCGAUUUCAAGCCCAUUAUCCCACUGCCCGAUGAAGUGGUGGUUCGAACCGGCGAGGAGGGCGAGGAGAUCAAGUUUACCAGCCGAGCCAAGCUCUUUCGAUAUGUUGACAAGGAGUGGAAGGAGCGCGGUACAGGGGUGAUCAAAAUUUUAUGCGACAAAGCCACCGGCGUUUCUCGAGUCUUGAUGCGUCGUGAUCAAACUCACAAAGUGUGUGCUAAUCACACAAUCACUGCAGACAUUACGAUAAAUGUGGCUAGCCAGGACAAGGAUAAGAAAUCGCUUCUGUGGGCGGCAAAUGACUUUGCGGAUGAGCAAGUUACAUUGGAGAGAUUCCUGGUGCGUUUCAAAACAGGGGAGUUGGCUGAAGAGUUCAGGGUGGCUUUUACAGACGCAAGCGAGGCCGCCAAGUCGAAGGAAACCGUGAAACCGACGGUAAACACAGCGCAACUUCCAAAGAGUGAGAAAGGAUCAACUGCGACUGCUCCAGCGGCAUUUAGUUUAUCCAAGAGCUUUGUAACAAGCACCCCCGCAUCCAAUUCGCUAACCAGUAAGCCUCAGGAGCAAACGAAAACUCAGCCUAUACCGGACCCACCAGCAACAGCAGCUAAGUCACUGUUUGGAACCUUGUCAGGGGUCAGUGCUGCUCCUGCAAUAUCUGCGCCAUCCUCUGCCAGUCCAUUUGCCAGCUUUAGCUUCACGCCGAAUGGGACAUCAGGAUUUGGAACUUCCACCGCCUCUCCGUUCGGAAACCUUUCCUUUGGUACCGCUUCUGCGGUGGGCAGCGGCAACAACACUACCCUCUUCACCACGGCUUUAAUCAAGGACAAUACAGUUCAAGGCGAGACGCCUCAGCAGGAGCCACAAUUAAACAAGUCAAACUCCUCGGAUGCUGAGGAGGAGUAUGUGCCCACGGCUCAGUUCGUGCCUGUUAUUGCUCUGCCCGAUAUAGUGGAAGUGGUCACCGGCGAAGAGAAUGAGGAUGUGCUCUUCGAGCAUCGUGCCAAGCUUCUGCGUUGGGAUAAGGAAGCGAAUGAGUGGAAGGAGCGCGGUCUUGGUAAUAUGAAGCUCCUUCGGGAUCGCACUGAUCCCAACAAGGUUCGCCUGCUUAUGAGGCGCGAGCAGGUCCAUAAGCUGUGCUGCAAUCAGCGACUGUUGCCCGAGACCAAGUUCACUUAUGCAACGAACUGUAAGGCGGCCGUCACAUGGGGUGCUCAGGAUUAUUCCGAUGAGGAGUUAACCACCGCAUUGCUCGCUGUGCGAUUUAAGACGCAAGACGUUUGUCAGCAAUUCUUCGAGGCUGUGCAAAAGGCUCAACAAAGUAUUGGAAAGGAACCUAAAAAGGAGGUCUCUUCUGCCGCUGGAGAAAAGGAGAAGCCAAUGAAGGGCUUUGGAGACGCCUUUAAGCCUAAGGCAGGCAGUUGGAACUGCCAAGCCUGCUAUACCAGCAAUGGCCAGGAUCAGCUCUACUGCCUGGCCUGCCAGGAGCCCAAAGAUGCCACUGUUCCCCCCAAGCAAUCGGGGUUGGACCAAGGGAACGCGUUAAAUCUUACCACUAGCUCCUCAAACAAGUUUUCGUUUGGCUUUGCCCCCUCAGCAGCUCUUCCCGCCACAAGUGGAUUUAGCUUCGGUGGCGCCACGCAGCCAAAGGAGAAGCCAGCAGCAGCGGUUGUGACAGCCUCGGUUUCGGCACCUACGUCAGUUGCGCCUGUUCAAACGGCAGCCCAUGGCUUUGGAAAGGCUUCAAUGACUUCUGGAUUCGGGGACGCCUUCAAACCUGCAGUCGGUAGUUGGUCAUGUAGCGCAUGCUAUGUGAGCAAUCCCGGAAAGUCUCUUUACUGCAGCGCCUGUGAAGCGCCCAAGGACGACACGGUACCAAAGAAGGAGAACUCACUAGGAUCGGGACUUAAUCUGCCAGCUACCUCCAAGUUUAGCUUUGGUUUCGGAGCCGCAGCGGCUAGUAACAAAGAUCAGACUGCCGAUGGCGCCACCUUCAAGUUCGCGGCUCCUGCAAUGCCCGCAGCUGUUGCUCCUACUACCUCAAUUGGAUCCAGCAGCUUCAGCUUCUCCAUGACCAAGCCCAAGCCCGACCACCAGCAGCCAAAGAGUCCAGCAGCUAAGGAGGAUGAAGAUAACGAUUCGCACGAGGUGGAAGAGGAGGAGGAGAACAACACUUACUUUUCACCAGUAAUCCCAUUGCCCGAUAAGAUCGAUGUGAAAACAGGUGAGGAGGACGAGGAGCUAUUGUAUGUGCAUAAGGCCAAGUUGUACCGCCUAGACGGGGCCGAUUGGAAGGAGCGCGGCUUGGGGGAUGUGAAGAUCCUGCGCCAUAGGCAGACCAAAAAGUUGCGCGUGGUCAUGCGUCGAGAGCAGGUGUUCAAGAUCUGUCUUAACCAUGUGCUCAACGAGAAUGUGGUGUACAGGGAAAAGACUGAAACGUCGUGGAUGUUUGCUGUAUACGAUUUUAGCGAGGGUGAGAGUGUCCUUGAGCGAUUUACGUUGCGUUUCAAAAACAAGGAGGUGGCACAAGGAUUUAACAAAGCGAUCAAAAAUGCCCUUAAUGGAACCGCAAAGGCGAUAGAAGAUAUCCCAAUCGCUUCCCAAUCGACGGAAGCGACUAAAACAAAUGAACCGUCCCAAGAAAAUGAUGGGGCGGCUAAGAGCAGAGGAGGCGAACCGGAUGUACUUGUUGUUGGCAAACCCUCUUCUGUAAGGCCAACCACACACGAAGUAAUCCCUCCACUUCCCAUGACCCUUCCCCUACUGACACUCCCCAAGCCAUUGGCCAAGCCUAACGAUUACCAAACACCUGCCACCAUAUUGUUCAAAGGCAGUUCGCUGAGCAAAAGUACCUCUUCGUCUUCUGAGGCAAGCAAAACGCCUAGUUCGGCAUUCAUUUUCGGUAGCACGGAUAAAUCGGAGCCUGGAAAGGAUGCCAGCCCAUUGGCUAAUCUUCAAAAACUAGCAUCAGGCGAAGGACAAGGAAACGUUCUGGGAUCUAUAUUCUGUAGCGGCUUGUCAAACGAAAAAUCGACUGACGAUUCCGUCAAGUUCGUUUUCGGAGGUGGAAAUAAAGCGGCUGAGCAACAGAAGAAAGAUUCAUCAGAGUUCGCCUUUGGAGGCACUAAAACGGAUUCCCAAUCACCAGCGACCCAAGAAGCACCGAAGUUGGCCUUCGGUGGAAAGGCCGCACCAGUGUUCGGAGACGCCAAUCCCUUUGGAGGUCUCAAGGUAAAUUUGCAAAAAUCUGAUGGCAAGGAAGCACCGAAAUCUAUUUUUGGCGGGUCCAACAUCUUUGGAGUACCCAAAACUGAAACCCAGUCACCUGCUAGAGACUUCGUGUUUGGCAGUGCACCCGCUUUUGGACAAAAGCCAACCGUCUCAUUUACAGACGUGGCCAAGCAAGCAGCCGCAAAAAAUGAAAAACAAGAGGACAUUACCUCGAAUAAAACCACUGAUCUUGAAGCGGGAGGCAAGGACAAGAAGGAAGUGGUGCCGGAGACGACCAGCACGUUUGCCGAUUUGGCCAACAAGACAGGCAGUACGUUUGCCGAUUUGGCAAGCAAUCCGGGCGGCACUUUUGCUGAUUUAGCAAACAAGACUGGCAAUGACUUUGCCAACCUGUCGGCCAAUAGCCAGGGCAGUGUCGUGGGAUUCAACAAGUCCGCCGGGGGCGGCUUUUAUAACCUCACGCAUCAGAACGCUUUUAAAAACUUCCAAUCUUCGCCGCAAGCCAAAGAAGACUGCGAUGAUGAUGGCGACGCCACAACUGAUGACAACUACGAUCCGCACUAUGAUGCCAUUGUUGAGCUGCCGGAUGAGAUAGUUGUCACCACGGGAGAGGAGAACGAGACUAAGCUGUAUGGCGAGCGGGCGAAGCUUUAUCGCUAUGACGCCGAAUCGAAACAAUGGAAGGAGCGAGGUGUCGGUGAGAUAAAGGUGCUGGAGCACCCGGAGUUGCAGACAUUCCGACUGAUCAUGCGGCAGGAGCAGAUCCACAAGCUGAUUCUUAACAUGAAUAUCUCCGCCUCCCUGCAAAUGGAUUACAUGAUAGAUCAGAAGAAGAGCUUCCUGUGGGCCGGCUAUAACUACGCUGUGGACGCAGAGGGUAAAGUGGACACCGAGGGCGUCCUGGAACGCCUUGCCUGUCGAUUCGCCAAGGAGGAGAUCGCCGAUGAGUUCCUCAACACGGUCAAUUCGUGCAUAGAACGAGCAAAGGCCUUACAAGGUGAUGAGGAGGACAAGAAUGACGACGCGCUGGAGGAGCAGGCGAGCUCAUAAGCAAACCGGAUCUAAAUAUAUGUAGCAUGUCUAGGAUUGUGUUAGAAUAUUCAUCCAAAACAGUAGCGACAAUGGCUAUUUCACAUUUUCCUAAUAAAAUUUCGAUAAACAUUAAUACAAUA